AUGUUGUUGACUGAAGGAAAUCGGAGUGCUGGAGCCACAUUCACUCUCUUGGGCUUCUCAGAUUUUCCAGAUCUCCAGGCGCCCCUGUUCCUGGUAUUCCUGAUCGUCUACAUGGUCACUGUGCUGGGAAACCUGGGCAUGAUCAUGAUCAUCAGGACCAGUCCCCAGCUUCACACCCCCAUGUACUUUUUUCUCAGCCACUUGUCCUUUGUAGAUUUCUGUUAUUCCACUACUAUUACACCCAAGCUGCUAGAGAACUUGGUUGUGGAAGACAGAACCAUCUCUUUCCCAGGAUGCAUCAUGCAAUUCUUCUUGGCUUGUUUAUUUGCGGUGGCAGAAACAUUCAUGUUGGCAGUGAUGGCCUAUGACCGAUUUGUGGCCGUGUGUAGUCCUCUGCUCUACACGGUAGUCAUGUCCCCAAAGCUCUGUGCAUCACUAGUAGCUGGACCCUACACCCUGGGAAUAGUAUUUUCUCUGCCACUCACCUAUUUUCUCCAGGCAUUAUCCUUCUGUGGGUCUAACAUCAUAAAUAAUUUUUUCUGUGAGCACUCUGCCAUUGUUUCUGUCUCCUGCUCUGAUCCCUACAUCAGCCAAGUGCUUUGCUUUGCCAUAGCCAUAUUAAAUGAGGUGAGCAGCCUGGUAAUCAUUCUCACUACUUACCUUUUCAUCGUUGUCACUGUCAUAAAAAUGCCUUUAGCUAGUGGGCGACAAAAAGCUUUCUCCACUUGUGCCUCUCACCUUACUACCAUCACCAUUUUCCACGGGACUUUCCUGUUCCUUUAUUGUGUACCCAACUCCAAAAACUCAAGGCUCAUAAUCAAAGUAGGUUCUGUAUUUUAUACAGUGGUAAUUCCCAUGCUGAACCCUCUGAUAUACAGCUUCAGAAACAAAGUUGUGAAGGAGAGUGUCAGGAAAUUAAUUCAUCGCUCAAUACAAUUUUGUUGA